AUGGGCGUUGAGAAGAUUCUCCUCGAGGAGGGCACUGGUGCCAUUCCCCGGAAGGGCCAGACCGUCACCAUUGAGUACACUGGCUACCUCCGCGACGUCAAUGCGGAAAACGAGAAGGGCCAGCAGUUCGACACCUCCGUCGGCCGCGGCGACUUUGAGACCAGGAUCGGUGUCGGUCAGGUCAUCAAGGGCUGGGAUGAGGGUGUCACCACGAUGAAGGUCGGCGAGAAGGCCACUCUAGUCAUCUCCAGCGACUUCGGCUACGGCCAGCAAGGUUUCCCCGGUCACAUCCCUCCCGGCGCCGACCUCAUCUUCGAUGUCGAGCUGAAGAAAGUCCGAUGA